AUGGGAGAACCGGCACCGGCGGUUGUGGUGGUGGAAAAAGAUCGGCUUCCCAAGGAAAAUGAUGAGAUUAUUGUGAGUUUGUCUAACUGUGUCUAGUGACCCUACUUAAUCCUAAAUUUUCAGCGCGACAGUGGAAAACGGUACAAAUUGAGUCGAAUUCUUGGAGAAGGUGGAUAUGGAAUAGUUUUUGCUUCCGAAGAUGAUGGAUAUCAAAUUGCGAUAAAAACUGAAAAAUUUAGUAAAUCGCAGCUGAAAAUUGAGAUAAUUGUAUUGAAAGCGGCGAAUUCGAUGAAUUGUAAACAUUUUUGUGAAUUAUUAGAUUGUGGAACGAAAGGAAAGGAUUUCGAUUGGAUGGUUAUGACGUUGCUUGGAAAGGAUUUGCAUAAAUUGAGAUGUGAAUUGCCGGAUCGGAAAUUUGGAUUGAAUACGGCGUUGAGAAUUGGAAUACAGACUUUGAAGGUAGAGUGCGAUUAUGUUCAAAAAAACAUCGACAGGUCAUUUUUCAGGCCUGUGAAGAGCUUCACCGAAUCGGCUUCGUUUCCCGCGACAUUAAACCUGGAAAUUUUGCGCCAGGCGUCAAAGCGAAUCGUCAAAGCCGUACAAUUUUCAUGUACGAUUUCGGACUCGCCAGAAAAUACGUGGAUAAAAACAACGCGGUUUUGCCAACUCGAAAAAGAGGUUGGCUGGCGUGGAACAACACGGUAUGGAAGUCUGAAUGCACAUAA